GCCGAUUCCUUCGAGGGCAAUGUGUCACCACUGAAUGUGAUCUCGGCCUGAGCGCGUGACUCAAAGAGCCACUAUGUUCCCUCGUUCCGCUACAUCACUCAUCUAUAAGCUCUCUGAUGCCCGGUGGGGAGCACCGAACGACACACGCCACGCUCGAAUUGCAUUCAUAGGCAAGUUUGUCGGAGAACGGUAGAACGAGGAGCGAAAGUGUGAAGAGGAUGUUGGCGAUGAUGCCGUACGAGAAGAUGGAAAGGGCAUAGCUGAUGAGCCUGAUCUGACCCGCUGUCGUCCUUGCGAUCGUCGUCAUAGCGAGUGUGUGCCCGCCCCUCCGUGCCGGUUGUCUGCGCCGUCGCGUCGACUGUCGAGUGAAGCUGUCGCUGUCGUCGACUUGUCGGGCCUGUCAAGCGGCUCCCACAGGCCAGGAUGGCCCAUGUAGCCUAUGUGCUGGCUGCAGAGUUCGACAUCGACGAAGGGGCCACGCUGAGGCAUCAGAUACCCUGCGAGACAGGCACGGAUGCAUCCUUACUGGCCGAAUUGAUGCUCCCCGAAGGUGUCCACAACAGAACAGAAGACUGGACCAUCUUCUACCUCAACCAGAAUCCUGCCCUUUCCGUUCGUUCGCCUGUACCGGAAUCCAAUGGGUUCACGACAUCACGAGCCAACGGCGCAGCUCAGGCGAACGAAGCUGUCAAGAGCGACAAGGUCCUCUACGUCAUCAGUCUGGUCAAGGUCAAGAAGGACGAUACCGUCAGGAGAGGCGGCAUCACAAAGGCGGUAGCCAUCUGCACCUAUCAUCCUUUUAUACAGAUCUACAAGCCAAUAUUGCUCUUAGCGCUCGAAGACUACUUCAAAGACUCGACAUCGACAUGUGUAGAACGUCUCUACGAAGCGCUCAACGAGAUGGACCUCUCGCAAUGUCCUGUUCUGAGCCCUUCCGAGAGACUAGUCCUGCGCGUGUCGGAUCGUGCAGAUCUCUUCGAAGACAGGUUUCCAGCUGACACGCUCGUCGCGACACCUUCACGCCCCGACAUGGAGCUGCAGUCAGGCCCUCACGACGAAGAUGACUUCCCAAAGACGCCCACGAUGAACAACUUGACUCCUGGAAACCUGUGGAGCGAGCGUCGACCGACCAUUACGCCAGCAGAUUUUGCGGCACGUUCAGCCUCGCAUGCGCAACGGCAUAGCACGCCUGCCUACAAAUCUUCGAGAAGAUCGAGGGAUACGCAUUUCUAUGAGACUUCGGUACGAUAUGCCGAAUUCGAUCUGCCCGUUCGCAUCCCGCUGGCUACUUUCCCCGAAGAAGUGGGCGACUAUUCAAUGAUAGACCUCAUCAAGACGUUUCCCCAGUCUGCCGCAACGCCUCACAUUGGACAACUGCACCCUCAUCUGCACACCUCCGGCGCCAGUACUCCGCCGAUCAUCAUAUUGCUCAAUGCGCUCAUCACUGAGAAACGUAUCGUGAUCCUAGGCAAGACUCAGUCUGCCUCGCAAGUAGCCAACCUCGUGCUCGCCGCCUGUGCUCUCGGUAGCGGCGGUGGUGCAAUCCUACAAGGCUUCGUGCGAAGGGCAUUCCCCUUUGCCAACCUGGGUAUCCAGAGCGUGCUCGAGACCGUGCCUGGCUACAUCGCCGGCGUAACGAAUUCAGUCUUUGAGAUCCAUGCAGAUUGGUGGGACAUCCUCUGCGAUAUCGAGACCGGCAAAAUCACGGUCUCGAAGAACAUCGGCUAUCCUCCUGCUAGUGCCACCAACGCUCUCAGCGCCAGUACGUCUUCUGCGCACGCGAACGUGGCGACGAAAGAAGUGGACAAACGUGACUUGGACCCGCGUCUUGAUCAUCCUGAUCUGCUCCUGAUGGAAGAGGUGUCUGCGAGCUUGCAAGGGCAUCACGGGGAGAUGGCUAUCAGAGCCCGCUUCGCAGAAUUUCUCCAUCGGUUCGUCAGGCUUGCGGCGCGGCAGGAAGAAGAAGCUUCGGGCAAGACGACACUCAGCUUUCCGUGCUAUGCGUACACUCGCAAUCGCUUAGGCUCGGGCGUCUUGCCUGUCGACGACUUGACAUGGCUCAAAGAGAAGAUCGUACAUGCGCCUCGCAUUCAAGCGUGGUUGUCGACAUACGCGUGCGGUCUCGUCAGAGAAGACUUUCUGCAAAAGGCGCAGACGAGAGCCCUGCGCGGACUCGAUCCCGCACAUCAGAUCGCUCGGUUGCGGUACGGACGACAAGUCAGCUUGAGCGAGAUAGAAGAUAUAUUUGCAACGCUAUCGCAAAGUGUCAAAUCAUACGAUCAAGUCAUAGAGCUGCUUGUCCUCUUGCCAGUCCACCUUGGAGGUCUAGGGCCUGUCGCACUCGGUCUCUUCCACCCUCAGCGCACCGUCCGACAGUAUGCCGUGGCUCUCCUGGAUGCCAUCGGCCAGUACACGACGGGCGCAAAGUUUUUGCAAGGGCUCAAUCUCUAUCACCGGCUGGCGUACGAGCGGCUUGCAGCAGAGCGCGUACAAAAUGGCACAUGAGGAUCAAGCACGCUUCGGCUUGCUCUGCGACUCACUCUUGCGCUUGACCGCCGAGAUGAGCUUUGCCAGAUCGUCGGUUGGUUUGCUCGGCAUUGAAGCGGUUGAACUGGUCGCAUCGACUUGCGGCGCAAGCUUCUGGCGCUUGUUGCGACCCUCCGAGAGUAAUCGCUCCAUAUUCUUCGUCUUGAUGUAGCUG